UUGGGUUCCUUGGGACAGACAGCUUCCCCUCUUCCAGGAGCAAUGACUCUCCCAACGCUGACCUUCAUUUUCUGUGGGUUGCUGACUCAGAUGACCGAAGCUGGCUUUCGCCAAGAAUGCUUUAUGAAAAAAUUAGGAAACUGGAGACUGUGCUGUAUGGAUAAGGAUAAGUACACCGUGUAUUGUGAGAAUGAGAUAUCGUGCUGCAUAUGGGAAACAUAUGUACAACUAUUUCACAAACCUGAUCCUGAUGCGACGCCACCUGAAUUUACUGACUACCCUGAAGUGACAACUACUGAGAGUCCUCAAACACCAGUUCCUUGACCUAGUUAAUGUCGCCUUGUGUGUCUGGAUCACCAGAAAUACAGCUGGAAACAAUAACCACACAGCUAAUUCUUCCAAUCCAAUCUCUAUCAGCAAUCGGAUAGCCAUGGGAUGGACAGAGCCAUCUGGCCAAGACACAACCAACUUACUUUAAGUUAGAAAUCUAUAAAAGAUAUGACAGGGCUGGGGAGAUUGCUUAACAGUUAGAGUGCUUGCCUGCAAAGCCUAACAACCCAGGUUUGAUUCCCUAGUACCUACGAAAAGUCAGAUACACAA